AUGCCGACGGAGUAUUUUACGGCGGAGGAGCUUGAGAGAUAUGCGACUGAAUACUGGCGUGAAGUGGAGGAAUCCGAUGGUUUCGAUUUCUCGAAUGGAAUGAUGGGUGGACUGAUGCGCUACCACUGUGAUUGUCGUUACCCUUAUCGUAUAUUGGUCGACCUUUAUGCUAAAGCGGGGCUUCAUCGUUACAAUAUGCUUAAGGGAACAAGCUUCCAGCUCGCUGAGAUGGUGAAAUUCAACAUGACACCAAAUCACGUGUGCUCUUUUUACAUUACUUUGCUUGCACACGAAGCAGCUGACAACACGUCGCAGAAAACCUUUCAGGUUCGAGUUGAUGAAGAAAAAUUUAGCCAAUUGAAUAUGACGUGCUCCAUUGCUAGACUUAAAGGCGAAGUGACCACCCACAAGCCAUGGAUGCCUCACUUUCAUUGUGGCGCAAAGGCAGAUGGUAUCUUCAAAGGUGAAAUUCCUGAUUGGCCAUUAGAUGAUGAUGCUUUCAAUGAUGGAAAACGAUUUUACGUGGUGGAGAAAUCAGAGUGGGAAGCCAAUGAUUGGAUUUCUAUGUAUUUGGAACUUGUAGUUUGUGCAAAUGAUAGGUCACUCACAAGUACGAUACAACGUACUGAUGUCAUGUCCAAGCUGGAGAUUGUGAAAGUGGCCAUAGAAACUGGUAUUGAAGACGUGGAGCCUCCGAAUGAGAGACUCAAGGCCAAGAGUGCACAUGUCUACAUAAUAUUCAAGGGCUUGGCAGAGGCUCGAGCCCUUCGUAGGGUUUUUGAGAUUGGUGAGCAUGUUGAACGGAAAGCUAUAGUUAGAAGAGUCAUCGAUGAUAAAGGAUACUUGACUCUCACGGGUAAGCUUUGUGGUGGUCAAUCUACCGAUACCCGGACUUGUAAAAAGCGACCUCGGAACUCUUAUGGGCUUUAG